GAAAGAAAGACGCACGGCCAUCACACAAUAAUAAUAUAAAUGUAUAACACAACCCCCCCAAAACAUCUAUAAAACUAGCCACCAUUCAUUCUUCUUCUUCAACAACAAACCACCCAUAACCAGACACAACAAGAGAAGCUCAUCAAUUUGACCAUGGAACACCAUAUAGCCAUUCUUCCUACUCCAGGAAUGGGUCACCUAAUCCCUCUCGUGGAGCUAGCCAAACGACUCCUAAUCCACCAAUUCUCAAUCACCUUCAUCGUCCCCACCGAUGCUCCUCCCUCCAAAGCCCAAAUAGCCGUUCUCAACUCCCUCCAUAACAACAAAAUUAACCACAUCUUCCUCCCUCCGCCCUCUCUCGACGACUUUCCUCAGGACGCCAAAGCUGAAGUAAGGAUUGCGUUGAUCGUUGCACGCUCUCUUCCUUCUCUGCGCGAGGCCUUGAAGCCGAUUGCGGCAACGAAAAGGCUUGUGGCGUUGGUUGUGGAUCUUUUUGGUACGGACGCAUUCGAUGUUGCUAGGGAAUUUAAUGUCGCUCCGUACAUUUUCUAUCCAUCGACGGCUAUGGCUCUUUCUUUCUUUCUUCAUUUGCCGAAAUUGGAUGCAACGGUUUCGUGUGAGUAUAGAGAUUUGCCCGAACCGAUUGAAAUACCCGGGUGUGUGCCGGUUCAAGGGAGGGAUUUGUUGGACCCGGUUCAGGAUCGGAAGAAUGAUGCGUACAAAUGGGUUCUCCACCAUGUAAAAAGGUAUAGAUUGGCGGAGGGUAUUAUGAUAAAUAGCUUCGACGAAUUGGAAGGUAGAGCUUUAAAAUCUUUACAGAAGUUUGAACCGGGUAAGCCGCCGGUAUACCCAGUUGGACCACUUGUGAAUAUAGGCGGGUCGAGUGGCGGGUUGGAGAAGGAGGAGUGUUUGAAAUGGUUGGAUAAUCAGCCACUUGGGUCUGUCUUAUAUGUUUCUUUCGGUAGCGGUGGCACCCUUUCAUUUGAUCAGAUCACAGAAUUGGCUCUAGGAUUGGAAACCAGCGAGCAAAGAUUUUUAUGGGUGAUGAGAAGUCCAAAUGUGGUUUCCAACGCUACAUUUUUCACCGUCGAAAGCCAGAAAGACCCUCUUGAUUUUUUGCCAGAAGGGUUUUUGGAUAGGACAAGAGGUCGAGGUCUAGUGGUCUCAUCCUGGGCCCCUCAGGCCCAGGUGUUGAGCCACAGUUCGGUAGGAGGGUUCUUGACUCAUUGUGGUUGGAAUUCGACGCUAGAGAGUGUUGUCAACGGCGUGCCGUUAAUUGCUUGGCCACUCUAUGCGGAGCAGAAAAUGAACGCCGUGAUGUUAACAGAGGACAUAAAAGUGGCAUUGAGACCCAAAACUAGACCUGAAGAUGGAGUAAUUGGAAGAGAUGAGAUUGCAAAGGUUGUCAGAGAUCUAAUGGAAGGUGAAGAGGGUAAAAAGGUUAGAAGUCGAAUGAAGGAGCUGAAGGAGGCUGCUGCUAAGGUUGUUAGUGAAGAUGGGUCUUCCACAAAGGCACUCUCUGAAGUGGCUAACCAGUGGAAGAAACAAUGAUAAAUUAUGCAAUCAAUUAGUGUUAUAUUAUUAGUGUUAUCAUGUUCUACUUUUCUUCUAUAUUUUAUUUUGUGGCUACUUUUUGCACUAUUUUAAUUUUUACGUGUAUAAUAAUCAGUCUCUUUUUUGUUUUGGCUUCACUUUAUUUAAACAUGCUGGUAUUAGAACC